AUUGCAUUCGAGCAGUUUCCUUGACAACGUAAACACAAACGCAACGAUAGCCGUCGCCCGCGCGUAUCUUCGCACCAAAUCGUGGCCACAUAAAUAUUGAAUUAAAGGCUGCCCCAUUUGAAGCGCUUUCGCCUCGUCACGAGUGCGGUGUGAACGUAAUUAAUGAGUGUCUAGCUACACACCCACACACACACACACACACACACACCUUGUGGCAACAAUAAUCAAGCAAUGCAGGACAAAUCUUCCCCUUCGUCGACGAACGCGACCGGGACGCCGGCGAAGGUAAAGACGGACAACAGCUGGCUGGAGGAGAGCAACAGCGGCAGCAGCAGCGGCCCCGUCGGGCGUUCCUUGUCCACACUAACGAGCGCCACCACCGGCCACGGCAAAAAUGCGCGCAAGUUUUCCAACAUUUUGGAGAUGGAGCGGUUCAGCAAUAGCAACAUAGUGCCGAUGGACGAUAGCAGUACGACGGUUGAUUACAACCCAAUCGAUGACAUUCCCGUGCUGCCGGAUGCGGACGACAUUCACGAGAGUUUGCUCUACAAUGAGAGUCCCAAUUUGCCUACUGUAACGACCUACAAGAAUCUCAGUUCGGACAUAUUCGCCAGCGGAAAGGCGUCGGCCCUCGGCAACCUGGACGAGAUCGACAUCUCCAUCCUGACCGAGUGUCUCGAGAGCGAGGAAGACAUCGAGGAACCGGACGAACCGUGGACCUGGGACCAGCUGUUCACGCAGCUUUCCGUCAAAAUAAGCACCGAAACGAAGACGACACCCGCCGUAGAGUUCAGCAAUUGA